AAAUCAAGUUAAUUUUUUAAAAAGAAAAGAAAAUAUGCCAGAGAAUACUCAUUGAAACUUUUGUCACUCACAUGAAACCUAGUUAUAAACUCAUGUAUAUUUUCAGACUACCUGGGUUCCAUUAGAAUCAACUCAUAAAAUACACCAGUUUUUAACAUUUAUAGAAGUCAAAAGUGCUUAAAACAGAAACCACACUGGACCUUUCAACAUGGAGAAUUUCAUAUGGAGGAUCAGCUCACUAUCAAUAGGUGUGUGAGGCCUGGAAAGUAGCAAGAGUGAAUGGGGAGGUCACAGCAAUGUCAAGAAGUGGCACUACCCCAGGACUGGGGGAAUGAGGGAAGAUUUAGGGAAGACCUGAGGCUUAGAUAUGAGGUUUCGAACUUAGCAUGUCGGAAACACUCCAUUACAGAUAUGGGAAUAUAAUCAAUCCAUGUGACUUAGCCAAUCUGAUGAGUGAGAGAUGACUUAUCUUCCUUGUGUUACUUUUCAUUUCUCUUGAGGUUGAAUACUUUACAAAUAUUUAUCGAUAAUUUGUGAAACUGUUCUUUAAAAAAACAAAACAAAACAAAACAAAAACCUAACUCCUCCCCUGGGGUUUCUCUUUCCAUGUUCCUGACUCAGGGGAAACAAAGGAAGACCUCCUUUUAUCGUCUCAGUGUUGGCUGCGGUUCCAGCUUGAGUACCGUCUCCUCUGUCUAAUGACCGUGUCAUUUCCCGUUCAGCUUGUGCUAUGUGGACGCACACCACUGUCAGGCAAUGUGUGAUGCCCCUUCCUCUUGGUCUGUUCCGGGAUCGGGAGUCAGGGCACAAGGGCAUUUCCUUCUUCUGAUACACAAACCGAGUGCAGAGUGUGCUCCGUGGCGGAAUUCAGACGUGUCCUUCCGUCGCGCAGAUGAACGCAUCGGGUGUUCUCUUUCACUGCCGUCGCAGUCCCUGCGCCCAGUUCGCAGUUGGCGGCAGCGGCAGGCGUCUUUCAGAGACGAAUUAGCAAAGGGGACAUUCUCUGACAGUUUCUCUAGGGUGCUUUAGCGCUAGCGCCCGUGCCAGCCUGGCCGUGUCCCCUCCUAUAGACACGGCCUUCAGGGUGAAUGCCAACAGUCACAAGCUCGUGGUCUUCCCGCUUCCCCCCGCCCCCGACGUGCCCCCGCGCUGGUCCUGCCUCUGCCCACGAGGGUCGGCGCGCGGGGUGUCUCCGGGUGUCUCGGCCGGCGGCGCACACCCCACUCCGGGACCAAGCGGCCCUCCCCGCCCUCCCGGUCCGCGCGCGCAGCCAAUGGGCGCGGGACCCGCCCUCCCCGGAGCCCAGAGCUCGCAGCUCCGCCGGCGCCUGGUCCCAGCGUUCGCGGCGCCGCGUCCCCGGCCCAACCAUGGAGUCCUCCGCGGCCGGCUGCGUGGUGAUCGUUGGCAGUGGAGUCAUUGGGCGAAGCUGGGCCAUGCUGUUUGCCAGUGGAGGCUUCCAGGUGAAACUCUAUGACAUUGAGCAACAGCAGAUAAGGAACGCCCUGGAAAGCAUCAGAAAGGAGAUGAAGUUGCUGGAGCAGGCAGGUUCUCUGAAAGGUUCCCUGAGUGUAGAAGAGCAGCUGUCACUCAUCAGUGGUUGUACCAAUAUCCAAGAAGCAGUAGAGGGCGCCAUGCACAUUCAGGAAUGUGUUCCAGAAGAUCUAGAACUGAAGAAGAAGAUUUUUGCUCAGUUAGAUUCCAUCAUUGAUGAUCAAGUGAUCUUAAGCAGUUCCACUUCUUGUCUCAUGCCUUCCAAGUUGUUUGCUGGCUUGGUCCACGUGAAGCAAUGCAUCGUGGCUCAUCCUGUGAAUCCGCCGUACUACAUCCCGCUGGUUGAGCUGGUCCCCCACCCGGAGACGGCCCCUACGACAGUGGACAGAACCCACGCCCUGAUGAAGAAGAUUGGACAGUGCCCUAUGCGAGUCCAGAAGGAGGUGGCCGGCUUCGUUCUGAACCGCCUGCAGUAUGCAAUCAUCAGCGAGGCCUGGCGGCUAGUGGAGGAAGGAAUCGUGUCUCCUAGUGACCUGGACCUUGUCAUGUCAGAAGGGUUGGGCAUGCGGUACGCGUUCAUUGGACCCCUGGAAACCAUGCAUCUCAAUGCAGAAGGUAUGUUAAGCUACUGUGACAGAUACAGCGAAGGCAUGAAACAUGUCCUAAAGACUUUUGGACCCAUUCCAGAGUUUUCCAGGGCCACUGCUGAGAAGGUUAACCAGGAUAUGUGCAUGAAGGUCCCUGGUGACCCGGAGCACUUAGCUGCCAGGAGGCAGUGGAGGGAUGAGUGCCUCAUGAGACUCGCCAAGUUGAAGAGUCAGGUGCAGCCCCAGUGAAUUUCUUGUAGUGCAGCUGCCACUCCUCUCACUGGAGGCCCUAUUUGGGAACACUGCAAGCUCUUAAUCAGCCCUCUGUGACAUAGGUAGCAGCCCACGGAGACCCUAAGCUGGCUGUCUUGUGUGCAGCCCGAGUGUGGUGGUGCAGGCCGGUGGUCUGCCCGUCACUUUGGAUCAUAGCCCUGGGCCUGGUGGCACAGCAGCACUUGCGUUCUCGGGGCUGUCGAUUUCCUGCCACCUGGGCAGAUAACCUGGAGAUUUUCACCUUUUCUUUUCAGCUUGAUUACAUAUGACUGUAUUUUACAGCCAGUGAUUGUAGUUUCAUGUUGAUAUGUGGCAAAAUAUUUUUGUAAUUAUUUUCGAAUCCCUUUCUGAGUACUCUGUGGCCCUGCAUUUAUGAGGCACCUACCUUCAUUUUGCUAACGCUUAUUCUGAAUAAAAGUUUUUGAUUCCUUAAA